AUGGAGGGUAAACAAAGUAGAAAUGGGACGUAUUCAGAGUUGAAAGUAAGCAUGGAGUCGUUUGGAAAUUAUUUGCAAGAUGGAGUUGACAAUGCGCCUUACGGAAUUAUAGGUCCAGAAGAAGCAUGCAAUGGUGAAAAUAUUACUCUUAUCUGUGCUGCUGUUGAACAUGACACUCUAUCUGUAGCUUGGAUAAAUGACCACUUCCAAAAGAUAACUAAUUCUGAUGGAGUCGACGAUGCGCCUUACGGAAUUAUAGGUCCAGAAGAAGCAUACAAUGGUGAAAAUAUUACUCUUAUCUGUGCUGCUGUUAAACAUAACCAUCUAUCUGUAACUUGGUUAGAUGACCAGUUCCAAGAGAUAACUAAUUCUGCAAAAGAGCAUGUUACUUCGAAGAAGACUAAUUUUACUAUUCGUAAAGAACUUGUGAUCUAUAACAUAAGUCAAUCAGAUGAGAAAGACUAUCACUGCAGUGUUAUGUCUGAUACAAAGUCAACCAAAAUUAUAAGAUACCAUGUUAAUUAUAAACUGUGCAAGGGGCCUUAUUUCAUAAGAGAUAAUAUGAAUUCUAACAGUGCAAUCGUAUUAACAACAGAUGCUCGAAAUAUUAUUUAUUUAUUUUGUUUUGUCGGAGGAUCGCCAAGACCGAACAUAACAUGGUACAAGGAUGAUACACUUUUGAAUCUUUCGGAAGAUCGAUUUAGCCUUGUAUUUAAUGAUCAAAAAUUAAUUAUAAGAUAUCCAGUGGAAGAUGAUAGCGAGGUUAAAGAACGUUAUCUUCAACAUGCAAUGGUAGUUUGUUUCAUCACAAUUCUUAUUUUACUUUCUGUAUACUUUUGUUUAAAAGUACAACAUGAAAAGAUAAUGAGGAAGCAGCUAUCAGAAGUUGGUUUGGCUUAUUUUAAAGAAGGAGCCGUUGAUUUGAUAAAUCCAGAACUAAAAUUCAACGAGCAGGCCGAGUAUCUUCCAUAUGAUGAAAAGUGGGAAUUUUCUAGAGAAAAAUUAAAGUUAGGUGAACAGUUGGGAAGUGGAGCUUUUGGGGUUGUAGUAAAAGCAGAAGCUUUUGGCAUAUGUGCCACAGAGCCUGUUACGAGUGUGGCUGUAAAAAUGGUUCACGAAAAUGCUGAACCAGUUUAUAUCCGUGCUCUUGUAACAGAACUUAAAAUUAUUAUGAAUGUGGGGCAACACUUGAACGUAGUAAAUCUUCUUGGCGCCUGUACAAAAAAUAUAGCAAAACGGGAAUUUUUAGUGAUUCUCGAAUCGUGUGCUUAUGGAAACCUGGAAGACUUUUUGAAAUAUCAUAGAGGAAAUUUCGUAGACCAAAUAAAUCCAUUAACAGGUCAUAUUGAUUCAUCUAUUAAACAAAAAUCCACAAGUGAUGCAAACUUUCCCUUUAACAAGGCUCAGAACUCCAACGAUUCCAUUGAGUUCCGUAGUACCUCGUACUGUGAUGAUUUACAACCAAGUUGGCGUUCUAACUACGAAGGCAAUUAUCAAAACUGGAAUGCUGAAUGCAUCUGCUCCCAUGACCUCCUCUCUUGGGCUUAUCAAGUAGCUCAUGGCAUGGAAUAUCUAUCGAGGAGAAACAUUUUACAUUGUGAUUUGGCUGCCAGAAAUAUUUUGCUAUCUACAAAUAACAUCGUCAAGAUUUGUGACUUUGGUUUGGCCCAGACGUUGUACAAAGACAUCAAUUAUACGAGGCUACACGAUGUAAAAUUGCCGUUCAAGUGGAUGGCCAUCGAAUCCCUCAGGGACGGAGUAUUUUCGACUAAAUCCGACAUUUGGUCAUUUGGUAUUGUGAUCUGGGAGUUUUUUACUCUUGCAGAGACACCAUACUUAGGCAUGCAAGCCUCAGUAGUAUAUCAAAAACUCAUUAACGGAUACAGGAUGGGCCAACCAAGAUAUGCAACAAACUAUCUUUACAAUAUCAUGCUCAACUGCUGGGAAGACGAGCCAACUUUAAGACCAUCAUUCACAAAACUAUCCAAAAAUAUUGGUAUGCUUUUAGAUAAAAGUACGAGAGUGCACUUUGAGAAACUGUACCAAGAGUAUGAGAACAUUAAUAAGGAAGUGGACUUAAUAAGAGAAAAUGAUUAUUCGAAAAAUAUGUCUUCACCAGAUAAGGUUGCUCUUGCCCUGCCUCAACAGAACUAUGAAAAUCGAUUGCUGCAGGUUGAAAACCCUAUGUACUUGUGUUUAAACAAUAAUGACAGGCUUUUAGCUGACACACCGAGGAAGUUUGAUAACUGUUUAUGA